AUGAUUGGAAUCAGAACAUGUGGGGACACAUUCUACAAGAGCAGCACCAAAGAGAUUACCGACAAACUCGAGCUAUUUGACCAGGCUCACAUUCGAAAGCUGAAUGUGAAGCCAUGCCGCUGCAAAUGCUCCCCGAAGUGUGGAUGCUCGAUUACCUGGGAUGUUGUGAUUAGGGAUGCCCGCAAGGGAAUUCUCGGGCUCUUUGAUGGCCUAUGCUUGGACUGCAUGAAGCAGGUUCCCCGGGAAGAUUCAGAUUACUGGAAUCGUGGAUUUGAGAGAGAUGGCUAUGACCAAAAUUGUCGCAUCGAGCACGGCAAGGCAACCUGGUAUUUCAGCUUCAUGGGGGCACCAGAAGUACGCAUGGCUUUGAGCUAA